GUUUGCGUUAACAAACAUCCCCUGGGUUUAGACCUUCACGAAAAGCAGGAGCGAUCCUUCACCGUCUCCCACAACAACAAAAACACAGUUUCUUUUCCAAACUCCUAACCGCUGACUUCCACAAGCUCUCAAGCACUGGGUGUCUGUCACCGGUUCCCAUUCCAACCCUUUUUGCUUGACCUGCUUCGGAUCUUUUUCCCUGUUUGCUAGUUUUCCGGGCCGGUCAUGUCGAUUGUGGACCACAGCCCCACCACAGGCGUGGUCACUGUGAUCGUGAUCCUGAUUGCCAUCGCUGCGCUGGGGGCCUUGAUACUGGGCUGCUGGUGCUACCUGCGGCUGCAGCGCAUCGGCCAGUCCGAGGAUGAGGAGAGCAUCGUGGGGGAGGGGGAGACCAAGGAGCCCUUCCUGCUGGUGCAGUACUCUGCCAAGGGGCCGCGAGUGGAGAGGAAAACCAAGCUGACCCCCAACGGCACAGAGAGUCACAGUUAACUGUGAACCCCACGACCCCAUGCCAAACCCAGCCCCCAACACCGACCCCUCCCAACCAUCUCGAGACUCGCUCUGCCUGUCCCAAGCAGCGCUGUGAAGAUCCAAAGUAGCUUUCUUUCUGGAAGACUCUGUUCUCUCUUGACUCAAAUGACAGAUUCUCUGGAGGUGGGCAGACAGUGUCUAGUGGCUUCGCAGUUUCAGAGUUUAUAGAAGGAAAUGCCUGCACUGCACUGCCUGGACGAAAUAAAUAAAAACACACUCCAGCAUUUCUGCAAUUCCUUUUGAAUUGAACGUUCAGCUGAGCCUAACCUUUUGAUGAAGUUACUUUAGCUACUGUAGCUGCUGUGUAAUCCAUGAACUGCGGAAGGAAACGCAGAGUGGACUAAGCGACGUCCUGUGGCUGCAUUGUGAUGUACUGUUCCAGCACAUGCUGGUCUUCUUAAUGUUUUGUGUGUGUGUGUGUGUUUUAAAAGAAUCAAGAACUAGAGGAGACUGCAAAAAAUGUGAAAGACGUUAAUUAGAAAAUGAGAAUGUGUAAGCAGAGGGGUGUGGUGGUGUUUUUUUAUGUAGUUCUUCUAAGGCUGAGGCAAUGUGUCAUUUUAAACCAUCAAUAUCGUUUUCCCAAAAAGCUGACGCAUCGAGUCGAUGUUAUGAAAGGGUAAAAACAAAUACAGCAGUAAUGCAUGUGGGGCUGUGGGGUACAGUGCUUGUGAAAAAUGAAACUAUUCUGUGGAUUAAAUUACAGCAGUUCAUGCAUACAAUAACAAAACAAAAAAAAGAUUUAAUCAUGCCUAUCGGACUGUCGAUAGUGAGAACGAUACACAGGCAUGACUGUCGAUAGUGUUGAAAAGUUACAAUGCAUCACCUCAGCCUUAAGUUCCUCAGUCGCUGCACGUUGAUGCCUGGACAACAAAUUUUUAAAUUCUUUUCUUCCUAUUUGUGAGAACGUGUGUUUACAGAAUCAUCAUGUUUUAAUGCACAGUAGCUGCUGUUUUAUGUGAACCCUGCUGGGUUUGGAGAACACUAGCUGCUGUUUUUUUCUGCUAGGACGCUGCCCAGCUCUUACCCUCCAGGACUCAUGAAGGAUGGCUGUGGCGUAGUUUCCAGCCCCACUAUCUGGAAGGUCCUUGGGGCAGCUGAGCAAUAACAUUUCCUUUUUAGUGAGAAAAGCAUGUUGAAAUGACAUUACAGUAAGAUAGAGGAGUAUUUUGUUUUUAUAUUGAUGCUUUUUCCACUGAAACUGGAAUUGAAACGCAGUACCUUUGCUAUUGUUUUUAACUGAGAAGAUGACCAACAUGGUCUUAUUUUGGAUGAAGUUUGAACUCGGAGCCAUUAUUAAUAAAGUCCUUUCUAUUAGCACCCCCACUCUGCAUUCCUCAAGUUGUUUUUUGCAAAAAUAAACUAACAAAUGAAUCCCUGCUAAUAGCAUUUCAAUCCUUGAAUAUUAGGUUUUAAAUAUCUAUCUAUAAAUUUAGCAGCAGAUCCCACUGAUAAUGAAGGUUAUGAAAUCAGGUUAACUUUAGAGGCAGGUGUCUGUCUGAUGUGCGCUCAAGAGGAAGGUGAACAAUGACACUGAAGGCUUGAUAAACUAUUGGAAUUCCUGCUGCACUGUGAGAUCGCUACCAAUUAUGUUGAACUCGUUUAAGAAGCAUAAACUACCAGGAUUGUCCACCAGGAUUUAUUUUAAAUGAGAUUUCAUUAAGAGACAUGAACAGGCGUACAAGAGGACUGCGUUGCUUUAGCUGAAAUGGGCAUGUCUAACUUGCAUUGAGGAAAAUGCAUGUGAAAACCUCAUGGGCUUCUCUGUGUGUCAGCGCUGUUAACCCUUGCUGAGGGUCUCCCCAGCGCUGUGUUCACCCGUGCUGGGAUUGUGUUGUGAGAGUGUAGUCUGCUCCAUGCAAGUGCUGUCCCUCUCCUUCUGCACUCAUGGUUUUGUGUAUCUUCGGUAACUUAAUAAAACUUUGUAGGUACUUU